UGAGGAGCUUUUUAAAAUAAGCUGAUCAGUAGCAGGAGCCAUUUCUGACUGUUAGCUGCUGGACAUAUGUGCAUGCCAUUUAAUAAAGACACACACUGAACAGUAAGGAGACAUGGAAGCUGUGCUGGGAUUAAUGGUGAUUCUCCUGGGACUGUCUCAUGGUGUGGAAACUUACUGUGAUGGCAGACAGGAUGGAGCUCAGUGUUAUGGAGCUUUGGGAGGAACUGUGGACAUCCAGCUGAUGGACAGCACCUCAGAAAUACCUAGAUACCAACUGUUAAAGAAUUUAUUAAGAAUACUAUAUGUGAGAGAGAAAAGGAUUCUCUCUAAUACCAUAGAAUAUAGAGCUGUCUUUUUUCCUAGUAAUGGAACAUUUAGGAUCAAUAACCUGAGCAGGAAUGACAGUGGUAAAUAUACCCUUGAAACCUUUGACUCAGAUGGAAGAAUGUCAGACAUGUGGACUUUACAGUUGUUUAUUCAAGCUCCUGUGACCUCUGUCCUGAUGGUCUCUGAGUGUCUGUCCCAGGGAGAGAGGAAAGUGUCCUGCUCCUCUGAGGGAGGGGACAGUCCUCAGUACAGCUGGACUCUGGAUGGACGCACACUGACAGAUGCUGAGUUCCUUUCUGUAAAUAAUGAGGAUAACAUCAUUAUUCUGAAACAGCACAUCUCAGGACAUCUGGUCUGCUCAGUGAAGAACAACGUCACUGAUGUCUCCAAAGAACAGAAGAUAUCUGCCUGUGGUGUGGGAACUUACUGUGAUGGCAGACAGGAUGGAGCUCAAUGUUAUGGAGCUUUGGGAGGAACUGUGGACAUCCAGCUGAUGGACAGCACCUCUGAAAAAUAUAGAUACCAACUGUUAAAGAAUUCAUUAAUAAUACUAUAUGUGAGGAAUAAGGUUCUUUAUAAUACGAUAGAACACAGAGCUCUCUUUUUUCCCAGUAAUGGAAAAUUUAGGAUCAGUAACCUGAGCAGGAAGGACAGUGGUGAUUAUAUCCUUCAAACCUUUGAUUCAGAUGGAAAAUCAUCAGGCGUGCGGACUUUACAGCUGUUCAUUCAAGCUCCUGUGACCUCUGUCCUGAUGGUUUCUGAGUGUCAAUUCCUGGGACAGAGGAGGGUGUCCUGCUCCUCUGAGGGAGGGGACAGUCCUCAGUACAGCUGGACUCUGGAUGGACGCACACUGACAGAUGCUGAGCUCUCUUCUGGAAAUAAUGAGAGUAACAUCAUCACUCUGAAACAACACAUCUCAGGAGAUCUGGUCUGCUCAGUCAGGAACAACGUCAGUGACGUCUCCAAAGAACAGAGCAUAUGUACUUGUGAUAUUUCCUUGCCUAUAUGUGGUUUGAGAGCUGUUGUGGUAAUUGUCUUAUUAAUUGGGAUUUCCAUCUACUUUACUUGGAAGAAAAAGAAAAAUGAAAAAGUUGAAGCCUCUGCUGUCCCACAAACAGAAUUCCCAGAAAACUCUGUUUUGAUGGUCGAAAUGAGAAGUUCUGCAACUUAGGCCAACACUAAGUUGCAAAUUUCAUCUAGUGAAGCUCUGAGUGUUUUUGGAUUUGGAUUCUGUGGAAACUAAUAGAAAAAAAGAUGUAAGAAAAGUAGUCCAUAGUCAUUUGCCACUUUUUUUCUAGGUAAAGCUGAAAUUAGAUAACGCUAUAAACAAAAAGAAUCAGCCCACUUGUUACUGCUGUUUAUACUAAAUUUUAUUUCAGCAAUCUUAAACAGUUUUUUAAAUGAUGCUUUCUGUCUUUUCUUUGGGAAUUUGUUGAAAAAACGUAUUCAG